UAGUUAUUUAUGAUGCAAGGUGAUUUGUAAAUUAGUGAGACAGCAGCCACCUGCACUGUCGGCUGCAAAGUCGAACGAGCCCAAUACCAAACCAAUCAGGUGUUCAACGAAAUGAUUCUUCAGACGUCAUUGAUCACGUGCUGCUGAUAAAGGGACACUGCUUUGAAUUAUACCGCUUAGCGACUUCAGUACAUGCCUCAUAGCUUCAGUCUCAAACUUAACCCCGUUCCUGCUGAAGAAGAGGAGGUCUGCUGGAUGGAGAAGGAAGCUCUCGUGAAAGAGGAGGCUGUUACAAUACAAAAACAAGUCGAGGUUGAGGCUGUUACCGUGAAAGAAUAAGAGAAAGACGUCUCAGUUAAAGAAGACUCGUUCAGAAUGAAAGAGGGCGACGACGUUUCAGUGAAAGAAGUGGAGGGGGAGGUGACUGUGUCAUCGAACAAUGAAGAAGAGGAGGAAACUGGAUAUCUGGGCCCGGUUUCACAAACGCAUCUUAAGGCGUCCGAUGGAUCUAACGAUGAACAGGCCCUGAUUAACACUAGAGAGAGACGGGACUACCGUGGAUCCUCUGGGGAGCCUCAACAACCUCAUUAUGCUGACAAGGCAGAGAAGAGUCUCUCCAGAUCAGAACCCCCCAAGAAACACCUGCAGAGAUCCACAGGGAAGAGAACUCACUGCUGCUCUGACUGUGGGAAGAGAUUCACCUCAUCAGGCAUUACAAUUCAUCAGCGAACACACACAGGGGAGAAAUCUUAUAGCUGUGAUCAAUGUGGGAAGAGUUUUACUACAUCUGGCUCUCUGACUUUACACCAGAGAACACACACAGGAGAGAAACCUUAUAGCUGUGAUGAAUGUGGGAAGAGUUUUACUCAGCUCAGCAGCCUAAUAACACACCAGAGAAUACACACAGGAGAGAAACCUUAUAGCUGUACUCAAUGUGGGAAGAGGUUUACUCAACAAUGCAACCUGAUAUCACACCAGAGAACACACACAGGAGAGAAAUCUUAUAGCUGUGAUGAAUGUGGGAAGAGUUUUGCCCAAUCUGGAGCGCUGACAGUGCACCAGAGAAUACACACAGGAGAGAAAUCUUAUAGCUGUGGUCAAUGUGAGAAGAGUUUUGGUCAAUCUGGAGAUCUGAGAGUUCACCAGAGAACACACACAGGAGAGAAACCUUAUAGCUGUGGUCAAUGUGGGAAGAGUUUUGGUCAAUCUGGAGAUCUGAGAGUGCACCAGAGAACACACACAGGAGAGAGACCUUAUAGCUGUGAUCAAUGUGGGAAGAGUUUUGCCCAAUCUGGAGCGCUGACAGUGCACCAGAGAAUACACACAGGAGAGAGACCUUAUAGCUGUAGUCAAUGUGGGAACAGUUUUGCUGCAUCAAGAACUCUGACUCAACACCAGAGAAAUCUUUUGUCUGUGAAUAAUGUGGGAAGAUUUUUGGUCAAUCUGGCCAUCUGGUAUCACACCAGAGAGCACACACAGGAGAGAAAUCUUAUAGCUGUGAUCAGUGUGCCAAGAGAUACUUUAAUAAAAUAUCUCUGAUCAAACAUCAGAAAAUACAUACAUGAAUGAGUUAUUUCAUGAUAUCAAUGAAAAAAUGUCACAAUGUAGAAUGUUUUAACAUUGUAGUAGGAGUGUUUUAAUGACGUCACAAUGUAGAAUCCUAAACAUUUGUCCCCUGUUCUAUUGAUUUCAACAUGAUAUGGAUAUUAGCCUCAGGGGGAAAAUCCAGGCUCUGAAAUGGAAGAGUAUUAUUUAACAAAAAGUGAUUAACAAAUUUUUUUUUUGUUACACUUACCACGUUCGUGAUCCACUUGAACCUAAAUGCAACACUUCAAAAUGUAUCAAGCUGUUUUCUGCAAGUUGUCCUCUAACCAGGGAUGUACACAUUACUCCCAGAUUCAGUGUGGUUUUUGAGCUGUUAGCUUUAACAGGACGUGCAACCCCAUCUCUCUCCUCUUGCACAAAUUAUUUUUGAUUUCAACAUGAUAUCGAUGAGUUAUAACAAAUAAGUGUUGUGUUCCUUUGUUUAGUGACUCCUAAAUGUAAAUGCAUCACUCCAAAAUGUAGCUGACUGUCUUCUGCAGGUUGUCCUCUAACCAGUGAGGUAAAAGAUAUCUCCCAUUUCCAUGUGUUUUUUUUAGUUGUGUUAGUUUCAACAGCACAUUCAACCUAAUUUCCCCUCUAAUCGAUAUCAGUGAUUUAUUGCUUCUUGUCAAAACAACAGCGUUUUUGGUGCUUGUGCAGUUUAUAAGGAGCUUGUUU